AUGUCUACCGCCUUUGCGCCCUAUGGCGUGACCCCAGGCCAAGCAGCCGAGGCGCCAAAGAAGCCGCAUCUCUACAUUGGCAACCUUAGCCCCCGUGUGACCGAUCAGAUGCUGGCCGAGAUCUUCCAAGUCGCCGGCGACGUCGUAUCGGCAAAGAUUAUCCAGGACCGCAACUUCCAGCAUGGCGGGUACAACUAUGGUUUUGUCGAGUACACGGACAUGCGCAGCGCCGAACAAGCUCUGGGCACGCUCAAUGGCCGCAAGAUCUUCGACGCAGAGAUCCGUGUCAACUGGGCGUACCAGGGGCAGGGAAACCGCGAGGACACGCAGCAUCACUUCCAUGUAUUCGUGGGCGACCUGAGCCCCGAGGUCAACGACGAUGUGCUCGGCAAGGCGUUCCACCAGUUCCCGACCAUGUCUGAGGCGCGCGUCAUGUGGGACAUGAACUCGGGCAAGAGCAGGGGCUACGGCUUCCUGUCGUUCCGGGACAAGGUCGAUGCCGAGAAGGCGAUCGCAACGAUGAACGGCGAGUGGCUCGGCUCGCGCGCAAUCCGUGUCAACUGGGCGAACCAGAAGACGCAGACGGGUGGAAGCCGCACGCUCAUGGGCGGUGCGCCGCCCAUGGGCAACAGCUUUGCGGGCCAGCUGCCGUUCGAGCAGGUCGUCUCCCAGACGCCAGAGUACAACACAACCGUCUACGUCGGCAACCUCAUCCCGUACACGACGCAGGCCGACCUCCUCCCCAUCUUCCAGGCGUACGGGUACAUUGUCGAGAUCCGCAUGCAGGCGGACCGUGGCUUUGCGUUCGUCAAGCUUGACUCGCACCAGAACGCUGCGAUGGCCAUCACCCAGCUGCAGAACCACCUCGUUCACGGCCGCCCGAUCAAGUGCUCGUGGGGCAAGGACCGCCAGACGGAAGCGCCGGGUUUCAUGAUGUACCACCAGACCAACAUCCAGUACCCAGGCUGGCCAGGGUACGGCGGUAUUCCUGGGCAGCCUGGCUCACACCCCGUCGGAACCGGAGCCCCCGAGGUCAACGGCAACGGCAACGGGUGGGACGCUGCGAGCGCGCACGCCGCGCCACCAUUCUUCCCCCAGGUCCAGGGCUGGGGCGGGUUCUACGGCCAGGAGGGUGUUCCUGUCGUUCCGACGCCACCCCAGCAGCCGACCCCUCCUAACGGGCACCCUUCAGCGUAG